AUGCCUGCCGAGCCAUCCUUCUCCGAGCCAUGGGCACAACCAUCGACAGGCUUGCCAUCUGCCCUCGAGCUUGGUACCAAGACCUGGACCACACUGGCCGCCCUAGCCGUACCCCUACUCUUCUGCGUCGCCGCCCUACAGUACCGCAAGAUGCAGCAGCGGCAACAGAAACCAUUUCCCUUCUUGGACCUCCCCCAGGAGCUCAGAGACAUGGUCUACGAAUACUUUCUCCAUGACCCCGUAUACCCGGCCCCGGCGCCAGUGCGCCCAACGUUUCCGACUUCAUCGCUUGACUGGAUGAAGCCGGGGCGCUGGACGACAGCCACGACGGCAGCAAGCGCCUCGCCGCCACAGCCGGGAAGCAAGUGGCUGUUCCUUGCCAACAAGCAAAUCUACGCCGAGUACAUGGACAUGUUGUGCAAGCGGAAAACCUUCCAUUUCAACGUAUCACCCGAAACCUACAAGCCCAUGACCGCCACGCCCCCCACGCCCAAUCCCAGCACUCCUCCCUCAGCCCCUCCGUCAUCCCUAGCCCCCCUCGACACGAACGUGUGGAACAUCUCGCCCAGAACUCUCUCCAAGAUUCACACGUGCUCGCUAAAACUCGUCACUACAUCCUCGAUGCUCGGCGUCACGGACCCACGCUCCAUGACGUCUUCCUCAUGGACCCUAGGCCAGCGCAUGCGCUCACAACUCAAGCACAUGUCUGCCGUGCACACGUUCACGCUCGACGCAAAAGCCCUCGGCGAUCCGCUCUGGAACCCCCUCUGGAUAUGGUACCAUGCCUCGCAGUCGCUCAAGCUGCUCGGCACAGACCUGUCUGACACGGUGCCUCGCGGGCCCCAGCUCACCCAAAUCACCUUUUCGCUCGACACCUGGUCUCCUGGCGAAAAUCACCUCCGUAGGCAUGCCAAGGACGGUUGGUUCUGGUUCUGCAACAAGGGACAUCGAGUCGUGAGUGAUGGCGGCGCAGACAUGACGGUAAGAGAGUUUUGCGCAAAGCUAUAUAUGGAGUGUAGUAUUUGCUGGGUCGAUCAGGGCGGGCAAGCCUCCAACUAG